UUGGAGCCGCGCGAAGCCGGCCUCGGCCGGGCAAAAGCGCGGAGUGCGGCGGGGAGGGGGGAGGAACAAAGAUGGCGGCCCGUGCUGCAGGAGUUGUUGUUGCCAUGGCGUCCUGCAGGAGGGCAUCUGCCAAGAGGAGCCCUCCUGCGGUCAGCCACCUCUGCGAGAUGUGAGCCAGGGGCCGGCGGGGGUGAGAGUCUAGCACUUUUUGAGAGGGCUCUCCUCUAUCUCCUCUCCGCAAUGCCGCAAGCCUCCGAGCACCGCAUGAGCCGGGCAAGAGAGCAGUCGGUCAUCACCUCUCAGCCGAAAGCCACCUCCAAGCUCCCCAACGGACACCGAGCCCCGAGCCAAGAGCACCGUGGCUGCUCCUCCGCCGCCUCCAACGGACUUUCCGUGGCUUCCAAGCUGCGCCCGUUGCCACCCAGGCCGAGCCCUCUUGAUGACAGGGGCAAGAAGCUGGAGCUCGACCGAGGCCGGGCCUCUAAGCGCAGCGACACACUGCGCGCCUCUGCCUCCCGCCGCGGCCCCGUCAAGGCAGACCACGCCCUCAAAGUGCCCGGCUGCCCGCAGGCCGGCACCAUUUCCGGCAGCGCCUCCUUCACCAUGCCACCCGGCGUCCUCCUGGGCGGGCCUGACUCGGACCGCCGGAGCGGCAACCUGCUGCGCUCCAAGUCGAUCAGUAUCGGCGACCUGAGCCAGUCCGGCAGCCGCGGGGAGGAGCAGCUGAGCGCCAUGCUGAACCGGCUUGCUCUCCGGGACCGCAGCCCAUCAUGCAACCACAAACAUGGCCUGGGCGCCCUGGCCCUGAAGAGGAGCUCGUCUCUGCGGAGAGUCAACGUCACCCCCGGGGCAGAUGGGAGGCCAUCACCCACUUUGCUGUCCGUCCGCACGGAGGGCUGCCCCAGGACUCGCGCCCUCGACCCGCAGGCCACGGAAUAUGCCCGCUCCCAAGACGUCCCGGUAUCCACCAGCCCACCCCAGAGCAAGGGUCCUGUUCCAAGCAGGCUGGAGGAGAAGGCCACUGCUGCAGACAUGCACGCACGCAGGAAUCUUCUUGGCAGGCGGCUAAGUAUCUCUAACAGAAUAGACAGCCACAAGAGUUCCCAGCAUUCCUUGGGGACGCAUCACACUCUCCUGCUGGGCUCUGGGCACAUAGGUCUCCGCAACCUUGGCAACACGUGCUUCAUGAAUGCUGUGCUUCAGUGCCUGAGUAGCACCAAGUCCCUGCGGGACUACUGCCUCCGUCGGGAAUUCCGGCAGGAACAGCCCAGCGCUCUGCGGACCCAGCAGGAGCUGACUGAAGCCUUUGCAGAUGUCAUUGCCACUUUAUGGCACCCCGAUUCCACGGAGGCCGCCAACCCCAGCCGCUUCAAAGCCGUCUUUCAGAAAUACGUGCCAUCUUUCACAGGAUACAGCCAGCAGGACGCUCAGGAGUUCUUAAAAUUUUUCAUGGAUCGGUUGCAUGUGGAGAUUAAUAGGAAAGGGCGCAAGACUCCCAGCAUCCUCUCUGACGCCAAGCGACCCUCAGUACUAGAGGACACGGACACCUUGAGUGAUGAUGAACAAGCCAACCUGAUGUGGAAGCGCUACCUGGAGCGAGAAGACAGCAAGAUAGUAGAUCUCUUUGUCGGCCAGCUGAAAAGCUGCCUCAAGUGUCAAGCGUGUGGCUACCGGUCGACCACGUUUGAAGUUUUCUGUGACCUCUCCCUGCCUAUCCCAAAGAAAAGCUUCACCGGUGGGAAGGUAUCUCUGCUAGACUGCUUCAGCCUCUUCACCAAGGAGGAGGAGCUGGAUUCUGAAAACGCACCAGUGUGUGACAAAUGCCGGCAGAGGACCCGAAGCACCAAGAAGCUGACCAUCCAGCGCUUUCCCCGCAUCCUUGUGCUACACCUGAACCGGUUCUCCACCACCCGUUACUCCAUUAAGAAAUGCUCCGUGUUUGUGGAUUUUCCCCUCCAGCAGCUCAACCUGAAAGAGUUUGCCAGCGAAAAGGCUGGCACCCCUGUGUACAACCUCUAUGCCCUGUGCAAUCAUUCUGGCAGCGUCCACUACGGCCACUACACAGCCUUCUGCAAGGACCAGUCUGGCUGGCGGGUUUACAACGACUCCCGGGUGUCUCCAAUCAGUGAGAACCAGGUCCCGUCCAGCGAGGGCUACGUCCUUUUCUACGAGCUGGACGACAUGCACUGGAAGAAGCAGUAAUAGUAUUGGAACCCAGCACUUUCGGCCCUGCCACCCCUCUUACCUCAUAGAGACUGGUGCUCGGGUCUUUUAAAAAAAAACCAUUUUAAAAAA